AUGGAUGGAAGAGAUUAUUCUGGGUCUAUGUAUCCACCACAGGAGCCUGGUCAAGACAUGGGAAACAUGGCUUACAUGGCUCCCCCUUCGCAGUUUGGUUUCGCUAAUAUGUACAUGGAUAUGGGCGGGUACAGCGCCCCUGCAGGGCACUAUCCGCCUUACCCUAUGGCAAUUUAUGCACCAACUAUGGAUGCUAUGGCCCAUCAGCAACCUCAUAUCCAACAACCUAAGAAGAAAAUGACAUUCAACAAGAAUGCUAACUUCAAGCCAAAUGCUUACAAUAAUUAUAUGCCUAUGAACACGAAUGUACCCAAUACCUCUCCAAACUCUUCGAAAGUGUCAGAAAAGGGUUUAGAAUAUAGAUUUGAAGUUGGAAACAGUAACUACUUCAAUAAGGAGUCACUUAAGGAAACAUACCCAUUCUAUAUAAACACCGACUACGAUGAGUUUUCCAAAGCAAGGUCAAAAAGAGAACAGUUACAGAGUGAGAAAAAAGCAGCUCUUACCAAACAACUAGAAACAUCCACUAACACUACCCAGACCGAAGCUAAGAAGAAAACUACCUCAAAAAGUGUUACAGAUUCAAAGCUUGAUGAACCUAACAAUUAUGAGGGAUCUGAAGAAUCUGAGAGGUCUGAGGGAUCUGAGGAACUUGAUAAAACCUCACAAGUAGACAAUUUAAAAACUGAAAAACAAAACGCAGCCAAUCAAAAGCCUAUUGAAACGGAAAACACGGCUACUGCAAGAUCAAGUUCUGCUUCUCCAGAACGUCCAGUGCAAUCACUUUCUCCUAAGCCUGUACCUGCACAAAACCUUCCUGUAAAGUCAUGGUCUAAACUAGCAGCAGGAGGCCUAAGUAAGACGAAAGCACAUCAAACAGCUCCAAACCUUGCUACUGCAAAGAAGGAUAAAAAAUAUAUCCCUCCUACUGUCAAGAGCCUUGAACCGUUAGGAUCGGUAGCUUUAAGAGUAUGCUUUGAUCAAGAAUUUACUUCUCAUACUCUCCAAAAUUCGAAAGCUGAAAAAUUAAUAACUGAACUAGUGCCAAGAGGAAUAUAUAACAAAGGCAGCAUCUGUUUCAUAUCCUCCGUAUUACAGUUGCUUAUUCACUGUAGAAGCUUUGUGAACAUUUUAAAUGUCAUUCACAUGACUUCAGUUCAAAAAUCAACGUCCGUAUCCCCAUUACUAGAGGCCUGUAUGGAGAUAUUCAAAUGUUUUGAUAGGGCUACAGUAAAUCAAGAACUAGCUCAAGCAAGAGAAAACUCCAAGACGAAGUCCAACUCAAGCAACUCUAAUUCCAACAUCAAAUCCAUAGAUCCUGAACACUUUUACAAAUCAAUUUCCAACUUGCCAAAGUUCAAAGAUCUAACUUGGGGUCGCCAAGAAGAUGCGGAAGAAUUUUUAACGCAUAUGCUCGACCAGCUUCACGAGGAGUUCAUUCACAGCAUUAACAUUUUAAGUAGUAACGAUAUCUUGAAUAUUGUCCAAAGCUUGCAAGAUAAUGAUCAGAAAGCUUACUUUUUGAGAUACAUCACCAAAUACAAGAACGCUACAUUCACGGAAAAGCCUGACCAAGCCUUGAAAGUUCUACUAGAGAAAUACAAACAACCUGGAGAUUUGACUGAUGUUGAUGAUAAAGAGUGGAAAGAAGUUAGCAAGAAAGGCAAAAAGUCUAAGAGCGCAUCCAAACGGAUCACAGAAGUAGAGUCAAGCCCAAUAUCAACUAUAUUUGGUGGUCAAUUCCGUUCCGUUCUUGACACUCCUCAAAAUAAAGAAUCUCAAUCUAUUACUUACGAUCCCUUCCAAACUAUUCAAAUGGAUAUAUCAAGUCCAGAUGUCGUUGACUUGGAGACUGCUUUCCAAAAAUUCAGUGAACACGAAAUAAUUGAAGUAAAGAGUUCCUCUGGAAACGAGGUGGAAGCAAUGAAGCAAACUUGCAUAGAUAAGUUGCCCAACGUUCUUGUAAUUCAGUUAAAACGGUUCUCUUUCGUUUCACAGUCAACGAAAGGUGACUUAAGCAAUUACAACACUUAUAAUGGGCGCAUUGAGAAAAUUAGAAAAACAGUGAAGUAUGGUCACGAAUUAAUUAUUCCAAACAAGUCAAUUUCACCCAACCUUGCGUCUACAGCAACAUCUGAGGACCAAUUCAAAUAUACCCUAAGCGGUGUUAUAUAUCACCAUGGUGUUUCACCUAGUGGAGGACAUUACACUUGUGACGUGUACGAUAAAGGAUUAAAUAAAUGGUUUAGAAUUGAUGAUGUAAACGUCGAAGAGAUAAAGAACAGAGAAGACGUUUUAGCAGGUAAUGAUAAUUCCGCUGAGUCCAGAACUGCUUACAUUUUACUGUACGAGAAGGUAAAAUAA